ACACGACUCAUCAAUUGCUGGAGCAUUGCAGACUACAGACAUGUCAGGCAAUACUGUUAAAUUAAUAAAAGACAGAGCAGCCCAUUCGGAUGGACUUGGCACUCAUCAGAAUCCAGUGAAGCACUUAGGGCAGGAUUUUGAGGCACUGCGGGCACAGUGCUUGGCAUCUAGCUCUCUUUUUAAAGAUGAAACUUUUCCUGCAGCCCCUUCUUCACUGGGUUACAGAGAGCUAGCACCAAACUCUCCUGCUACAAAAGGAAUUGUCUGGAAGAGACCCUCGGAAAUAUGCCCCAAUCCUCAUUUUAUUGUUGAUGGAGCGACACGAGGAGAUAUCCGGCAAGGGGCACUUGGGGACUGCUGGCUGUUGGCUGCAAUUGCUUCUCUUACGCUGGAUCAGGACAUCUUGGAGAAGGUUGUUCCAGAGAACCAAAGCUUUGAGAAACAAUAUGCAGGAAUCUUCCACUUCCAGUUCUGGCAGUAUGGCGAGUGGGUGGACGUUGUUGUGGAUGACCGGCUGCCUACAAAAAAUGGGAACCUGGUCUUUGUACACUCAGCGGAGGGGGAUGAGUUCUGGAGUGCUCUGCUGGAAAAGGCCUACGCUAAGCUGACUGGAUCCUAUGAAGCACUGACCGGAGGUUCCACAAUAGAAGGGUUUGAAGACUUCACUGGAGGUAUCGCUGAGCUGUAUGAUUUAAAGAAGGCCCCAGCUGAUUUGUACCAGAUUAUACAGAAAGCCCUGAAGGCAGAAUCAUUGCUUGGAUGUUCAAUUGAUAUUACAAAUGCCUAUGAGACAGAGGACAUCACAAGUAGGAAACUUGUAAAAGGACAUGCUUAUUCUGUGACUGGAGCAGAAGAGGUUGACUAUCGUGGCCGUAAAGUGAAGCUGAUCCGGCUGAGGAACCCGUGGGGUGAAGUUGAGUGGACAGGACCUUGGAGUGAUGAAGCUCCUGAGUGGAAUUCUGUUGACCCUAAGGUGAAAGCUGCCCUUGACAAACAGUCGGAUGACGGGGAAUUUUGGAUGUCCUUUACAGACUUUCUGCAAGAGUACUCACGGCUGGAGAUAUGCAACCUGAGCCCUGAUACCCUGACCAGCAAGGAGCAACAUAAGUGGGAAGUGACUUUGUUUAAUGGUUCCUGGACACGAGGGUCUACUGCAGGCGGCUGUCAGAACUACCCUAACACAUAUUGGACCAACCCUCAGUUUAGGCUUAAGCUGGAGGAACCUGAUGACGAUCACGAUGGCGCUGCUCAUGAACCAUGCUGCACUGUUAUUAUUGGUCUAAUGCAAAAGAAUCGCAGGAGACAGAAAAAGAUUGGAGAGGACCUGCUUACUAUUGGCUACUCACUGUAUCAGAUCCCUAAAGAGGUUGAACACCAAACUGAUAUACACCUGGACAAGAAAUUCUUCAUGACACAUAAAACAGCAGCCCAGUCCGGAAGCUACAUUAACCUACGUGAGGUCUCCUCAAGAUUGAAGCUGCCAGUUGGCAAUUACCUGAUUGUUCCAUCCACUUUUGACCCUAAUAAAAAUGGAGACUUUUGCCUUCGGGUCUUCUCAGAGAAAGAAGCUAAGUCCCUGGAAAUUGGUGAUGUGGUAAAAGCAGAUCCCUAUGAGCCUCAGGUAACCGACAAGGAUAUUUCUGCUGACUUCAAAAACAUAUUUGACAAGCUGGACUCACAGAAUAAAGAGAUGAACGCAGCUGAACUGCAGAUAACUCUAAACAAACUUCUAGCAAAACGAAAGGAUUUAAGAUCAAGUGGAUUCAGCCUUGCAACAUGCAGAGAAAUAAUCAACCUCAUUGACAUGGACGGUACCGGAACCCUGAGUCUUGUGGAAUUCAAAACAGUUUGGAUGAAAUUACAGAAAUAUAUUGAGAUCUACUUAAAGACAGACACGGACCACUCAGGAACAAUGGAUGCUAACGAGAUGAGGAAUGCUUUACAAGAUGCAGGUUUUACCCUUAGUAACAAGGUGCAGCAGUGUAUUUCUCAGCGCUACGCCUCCAAAGACCUAACUAUUAAUUUUGAUGGUUUCAUCGCAGCCAUGAUACGUCUGGAAACCUUAUUCAAAAUGUUUCAGCUCAUGGAUGUGCAAAAGACAGGGGAAAUCCAUCUGACAUUACCAGAGUGGCUUUGCUCUACACUAGCCUAAACUAUUGGCAGAGAAAGAAGAAAAUCCUGUGGGAAUAAAUUCCGUACUGCUUCACUUACUGAAAUUAGUUUUUAAAAUUAGAUUGAAAUGUUAUGCAAUACAUUAUUUGAAUGUACUCCAUUUAAAUUUAUAAAUGCAAAUCAAGAAAUGUGCACUAAUAGUGUUAUUUAAUGUGGGGUAAUUAUAAAAACACAAAUUAAAAUGUUUGCAAGAAAAUAAACUGUUUUGCACUGCGUGUUUUCAUCAGAACUGAGCAUAGGGCAUUUUUAAAGAGCUAUUUGGAGCUUAGUGAGUGAUAAAGAUGAAAUAUUAUAUUUGCACUGGUCAUAUAUAAUUAAAGUAUUUUGGGACUAUAAGAAA